CCCGUGCAAUUUUCCACCGCGGCCGAGCCCGUUAUGUCAGCAGCCAACUCAAACAGACAGCUGCGUUUCAUGAUUGCCGAUAGUGCUCAUUACGCGAGGAGUUGUACUCAGCACGUUGCCGCCACAAUAUCUUCCUGCGGAAGGAAGCCCGAAACCGGCGCCCGCUGAUAAUGAUGCCGUCGCUCCUGCUGUCAGGAUCUGGAGCUAUUUAUCAGGACAAGAGAGUGUAAAGUCUGCUGCGACAACCUCAAAGCUAAACCGAUGUUCAUGGAGGCGGCGGGUGCCUCUGGGCGGCCGCAAUGGCCGAUACGAAGCACCGAGUACAGCUAUUCUUUAGUGGUAGUUCAACACCCAGAACGGUGCAGAAUGGCAGGUUUUGGCGACAAGGACAGACGAGCACUGAGUCCACCACCCUUUGUCAAGCUUAUCAUACGAGACUUAUACGGUCGAGAAAUGCCAGUGGACGACAUCGACAUUGACCGCUUCGUUGUCACUGCCGAGCUCUUCUCUGCCGACGAACCUGCCGCCGAGAUGAACCUACUCUUACAAACCUCACUCUCCACACCGAAUAGUCAUACAAAGACUGAACGCGGAAAGCAUCCUCCAACAAUAGCAGUGUUGAGCACAUCCACGUCAGAUCCGUCAACUUCCUCUUUACCUACCAAACAGAUCACCAGCGCUGUCACACGGAACUUGCUUGGCUCAGUGGUUGUCAGUGGAUUCAAGCUAACUGAUCUUGAAGGCGAGCUGGGCAUCUGGUUCAUCUUUAAUGAUCUGUCAGUUCGUACAGAGGGGAAAUAUCGGCUGAAGUUUAGUUUCGCGAAUCUCAACAUGGGACAGAACUCAACACCAGUCACAGCCGUGACCUUCUCGAACGACUUCACGUGUUGGUCUGCGAGGAGGUUUCCAGGGCAUACGGCUGCCUGUCAGGAAGGAGAGUUUGCAGAUUUUGAUGGAUAG